CCCGAGAUGCCGACGAUAUGUACGGUGGUAAAACUCCAGGAUACUCUCCUGAAAUGUUUCUCGCUGUACAACAUGCAGUAUCAAAGGAGAUAAUAAAACAAAAAUCUGGCCAAUCUCUGAACACAAAAGUGUACCUACAACGUCUGCCACAAAUAGCGUACAGAGAUGAUGACUUGUUGAUCGCACUUGAGAGAUUCAUCUCUAUGAUUAUAAUGCUUUGUUUUGCGUACACUUUCGUGAAUACCGUCAGAGUAGUUACUGCUGAAAAGGAACUACAAUUAAAGGAGACGAUGACUAUUAUGGGUUUACCUUCCUGGCUGCAUUGGAUGGCAUGGUUUAUCAAGCAAUUUUCAUUCCUCUUCAUAUCUGUUAUUCUAAUGGUCAUAUUAUUUAAGGUUCCUUUUAACUCGACGGCAGCAGGCGAUAGGUACUCGGUGCUCACGUUUACACCGUGGUCGGUGCUUUUAUUCUUUAUGGUGCUAUUUGUGAUCGCUUCACUUGCCUUCUGCUUCAUGGUCAGCGUAUUUUUUACCAGAGCAAAUACGGCAGCAUCGUUUAUGGGACUCGCUUGGUUCUCCACAUAUUCCGUGUUCAUGCUCACACAAGUAUUGUACGAAGACAUCAGUUUGAGUACAAAAUUGAUCCUGAGCCUUAUAUCUAAUACUGCCAUGGGAUACGCCUUUCAGAUGAUCAUCAUGUGCGAAGGAACUUCAAAAGGUCUACAAUGGAAUGAAUUUUUCUCGCCGGUCUCAUACCAUGAUUUAUACCAACCAGGUCACGUAGCUCUAAUGUUGGUACUGGAUGCUAUACUAUAUAUGCUUAUAGCAAUGUAUGUAGAAAAAAUAAGACCUGGCUUGUAUGGUGUACCUCUUCCUUGGUAUUUCCCAUUUACUAAAAGUUAUUGGCGACCCAACAAAUAUAAGACAGCUGCCAUAACCAAGAAGGAUGGAACAGAUUUCGAAUACAACGAUGCCUUAUUAAAAGUCAUACACGAUGAAGAGCCGAAGGGUGUGCCAAUGGGAGUUAACAUUCAAAAUCUCACAAAAGUGUACAAAGGUCGUAAAAAAGCUGUGGAUAAUUUGAAUCUUAGGAUGUAUGAAAAUGAAAUCACCGUUUUAUUAGGACACAAUGGUGCUGGAAAGACCACAACUAUAUCUAUGCUAACAGGCAUGGUACCACCAACGUCGGGGUCGGCUACUAUAAAUGGCUACAAUAUCGUCAACGAGACAGAACUAGCACGUAAAUCUCUCGGUAUCUGUCCACAGCAUAACGUUUUGUUUCCUGAUCUCACCGUUUCUGAACACAUAAUAUUCUACUCUAGACUAAAAGGAGUGCCUAGACAGAAAAUUAAAGAAGAAGUCAACCAUUUCGUUAAACUUCUCGAGCUUGAAGAGAAGAGGAACGUAGUAUCAAACAAUUUGUCUGGUGGGCAAAAGAGGCGGCUGUCAGUGGGUGCAGCUAUGUGCGGUUCAUCGCGCGUUGUUCUUUUAGACGAGCCCACUUCAGGCCUCGAUCCAGCGGCUAGAAGAGCUUUAUGGGAUCUAUUACUGAAAGAGAAAAAAGGGCGGACUAUGAUCCUCACAACUCACUUUAUGGACGAAGCUGAUGUAUUGGGCGACCGUAUCGCUAUUAUGUCCGGUGGUAAACUACAAUGCGUCGGCACGCCUUACUUCCUAAAGAAACAUUACGGCAUAGGAUACAAAAUUACCAUAGUUAAAGGUGAUAAUUGUAACGUGGACACUAUCACGCAAUUCUUCAAAGCCUACGUGCCUGACGUUAAGGAAAACACUAACAUAGGUUCUGAAUUAACAUACAUAUUACCGAAUGAACAUGUAAGCAAAUUCCCAGACAUGCUCAAAGAUUUUGAAGACAGAAAAAAACUUUUACGUGUAUCGAGCUAUGGUUUAUCCGUUACCAGUCUAGAAGAAGUAUUUAUGAAGGCUGGCGCAGAAGACAAUGAGGUAACGUCGGCAAAAAAAAAUAACUUUGUCGGUUUACAAAACGACUGUGCUGUAGUUCCAUUAGAAAAGAAUGCUCACGUGAAUAAUAUUGUAGACGCUGAACCACUUCAAAAAGUCAGAGGAUUGAAAUUAUUAAAAAAUCACAUAAAGGCUAUGUUUUUAAAACUAGCUUACAACACAAUGAGAAGCAAAUUGACAGCGUUCAUACAAUUUGUUACACCCAUUAUAAAUAUAACAAUAUCAGUAGUCAUAGCGAGAUCAUGGAAAUUCAUGUCGCAAUUGCCGCCUUUAACUCUGAACUUAGAAAGUGGUUUUAGAGAUACGCAGACGUUAAUAUCUCAAAGUGCAAAUUUAAAUGAAAGUAGCAUAGAGGCGAAGGCAAUGAAAGAGUUAAAAAAAUACUUUAAGUCGUCAACAUAUCCCGGCAUGAAGUUUGUCGAUAGCCGUGAAAAUCUCGCACGUGUACGAUAUGAAAAUUUAAUAGGAGCGACAUUUGAACCCAAUCAAAUAACAGGCUGGUUUAGUAACUAUGGAUAUCACGAUGCUGCUAUUGCGCUCGCGCAUGUCAAUGAUGCCAUAAUGCGCGCUGUGUCGCCAGGAAGCACGCUUAAAAUCGUUAACCAUCCACUCCCUUAUUCCAUUGAAAAUUUAGAGCGUAUAAGCGGCGCAAAACUUCUUCAACGAGUGUCGGGUGUACGGCCGGCGGUAAUGUGGGGUACUGCGUUCAUUUGGGAUUGGAUAUGGCUACUCCUGGUGUACCUGUGUAUCGUGUUAACUCUAGCAUGCUUUCAGGAGAACACUCUAUCUACACCAGAGGAAUUAGGUAAUUAUUUCGCUAUCAAAUAAUUUAAAAAUACAAAUAAUUAUCAGAUAAUAUUUAAUUAUUUAUUUAUGUACAUGGAUGACCAACAGCAAAAAAUUACAAAAUAAAAAUCUUAGCUAAAAACAGACAGCCAACUUACAGGUUGUAACAGAUAGACAUAGUAUAAAAUAAAGAAAGACCGCUUACAAUCACGACAAUGAUAUAAUUUUUAGAACUUUUUUGCCUACAUAUAAAUCAUUCAGUCUACUGAGGUUAUAAUUACUCAUUAUUCACAAUUUAAAGUUUCAAUGCUUACAAUGUUUUAUAUGUUUAUGUUGUUUUUUAGGUAGAGUACUAUUAGUACUCAUGGUAUUUUCAUUGGCAAUUAUACCUCUCCACUACUUGGCUUCGUUCUAUUUUGAAGCGGCAGCCACGGGAUUUUCUAAAAUGUGUUUCCUUAAUAUUUUCUGUGGGUGUAUGCCGUUUUUAAUAACAGAAGUGUUGAGGUUACCUGAAGUGGGUAGUCCAUACUAUGCUCACUUAUUUGACUGGAUCUUUUCUCCGUUGCCCAUAUAUUGCAUCAGCAGGAGUUUUAGGUAAGAUUAUCUAAUGUGAUGUUUUACUACCGUUUUUCUUCGUCCUUAUUAACUCCUAAUGUCACAGAAUUUCUUAAACAGAAUAAAACCGUAACAGAAAAAGUGAUGAAGCAUCAUGCAGC